AUGGACGAUCCCCAAGAAAGGCUCGACGCCUCUUUGCGGGAUUUCGAGACUCCAGCAAGCCCGACAUCUACGACGAGGAACUCAUCUAUUCUCCCCAGCGAACCGGCGAUCGAGGACGAUCUCCUAGCGGACCUGGACGUCGCGUCCGUCGGCUCUUAUUCCCCUCCAGCGUGGCGGAGACUCGCCAACGGUAGUCGAAGCAACGGAUUCUGGAGGCCGCCGUCGCAUGAUGCGCUCAGCGCAAUGUCGCCGAUGCGCCUGGCCAUGCGCAACACCCCCUACAGCGAGCGCGACGACGAUGACGAUACCGACGACGACCUAGACCUCGAGGACAACCAAAACGACAUUUUGCAGAGAGCGAUUCGCACAAGGCUUCCCACCGGCAGCAUGAGUCCAGACAAGGUGAGGAGUCGCAGUCCAGAUGGAAAUCGCAGCAAUACCUUGCGCCUCGAGGCACCAACCCCGCCCGUGCUGGAGAGGAUACUGGAGUCGCCGCCACCGACAGAUAACUAUAUCCGUUUCGCUGUGCGCGCCGAAGUUCAGCAACGCACGGAACCAAUUGAAACCGCCAUUGCCUUCAUCCGUAAACGCUACUCCGCUCUCACCGCAUCAUGGACGUCCACCCUAUUCAGCGUUCUAUUCGCCGUCUUUAGCGUCUCGCUCUUCAAGACACUCAUCCAAGAGCCUGCGCCGCGGCCCGUCGGCGAUCUUGUCAAAGUCGCAGGCAUCGCGCGCUCCUUUGAGCCACUCAUAUACUAUUCGGAGCAUGCCAUCACGCAGGUGCAUGACUUGCAAGCUACAAGCGUGGCUGUCUGGGACCUCGGAGAGACAGUGCGAACCAGCGGGAUGCGAGAUGCUUCGCUCAUUGUCGCCGACCUGGAUGCUCUAAGCGGCUCAAUGAAGACGCUUGCUACCGAGAUGACCAAGUUUUUCGCUGUUGUUGAUGGCGACAUUGACGGCCUCCCAAACUUUGGUGACAUCCAUCAUCCGUUCUCCCAUCUGUUCCAUCUCUUCUGUCAAUUGAGCCUUCCCUCUCUCGCCUUAGAAGCAAACAGCAAAGUUGACAUGGGCGUUUGCGCCUUGUUGUACAACAGCAUCCUCAAUGUCAUGGAUUGGGCCAAGAUGCAUCUCAAUCGCCUCCAGAGCGCUCCCUCUCCUUCCUCCCUCUCCUCCGCUUACGAUAAUAUCCACAAUAUGCUUUCUGAGGCCCAUGUCCUCGAAGACGCCUCCGGCGCUCCUACGCCGCUCGGCACGAUUACUACGUACGUCUUUGGACUAAGCAACCCGCAGCGCGAGCAACGAAUGGUCCAGCUACUAUUCAACGAGUUCCUAUCGAUCCUCGAGGAAAGUGUUCGAGAGGAGCUUCGCUAUAGCAUGAACCUCUACGGCCUCUUCAACAGCAUCGAUCAGCACUUUCUCAACCUGGCGCGAACCGUCGCGCGCGAGACUUCCGCCCAAGAAGAACUACACAGCGACAUGCUAGCCAGCCUGUGGGUGCGCAUCCUUGGCACGCGCGCUGCCGAGCUGCGCAAGUUUGAGCAGAACCGCAUACUGCUGCGCGACGUGAGGGAGAAGACGGUGCGCAACAAGGGCAUCCUAGUCAACCACCACAGCAAGCUGCUGUCCUUGCAGACCUCCCUGGAGGGCCUGCGCACCAAGCUCAUAUCCCCGCUCGUGCGUGGUGCCAAUGCCACCAUCUUGACACUCGAGGACCAGAUUGACAGCUUGUCGGGUGUGAGGGAUCAUCUUGCGGAGAUUCGACGCCAGCAAAAGGGCAAGGUCAUGGAGACGCUUUACGCCAGCGUGCCGAGUAAGCAGUUGCAGAGAAAUCUAGCGCUUGACGAUGGCAGGAGUGAUGUCCUCAGAGAGUCAUAA